AUGGUCGCCGCAGGCGAAGAGCCCAGGGGCUCGGCCCCUGCAGACGGCGACGAGCCGGUGGGCAGGAUAGAGGUGGACAACAGCAUUCAAGGUGCAACCCUGUACAAGGUGCUGUUCCCGCAUCAGGGGUCAGAGCAUGUGCUGGGGCUGUUUGGAUCGCUGGACGAGGCCCACCGCGUGUGCGACGUGCUCACAAUCAAGGAGGCCGUGGAUUCCCGCCGCAACCUGUUUGCCCUGAACCUGCACUUUGAUCUUGAGAGGUACGGCGUGGACAACGACACCGCGGGCGAGAUCCGCUCCGUCUCCUUCCGCCAGGUGGUGAAGGACCUGCAGAUCUGCGCCGUGAACCCGCUGGUGCCUGUAGGCCCUGAUGACAGCCAGGCCACCAGCUGGGCCAAUGCGGGGCCCGGGCUGACCACCGGCACUCUGUACCAGGAGGCGCUGUCCCAGCAGCCGCACCAGCGCGCCGAGCCGGCGGCGGCGGGAGUCACCAGCUCCGGCGCGCCGCGCGGCGGCGUGGGCCUGCUGGCGCCCGCGGGCGGCGGCGCGCUGGGGCGCAGCAUCGGCCGCCGCGCCGUCAGCCAAGGCGAGCCAGCGGGGCAGCUCACGCCCUCGGCAGCACGCCUGGCUUUCCACCAGGCGGGCGCCGCUAACGCCGCGGCGGCAGCCGCGGCGGCAGCAGCAGCGGAGGAUGGCGUGGUGGCGUCUGGGCGGCGGGCCCCCGCUCCCCCUCCCAAGUUCAACGGCGCGUCGCUGCCAGCAGCGCAGGGCCAGCAGCAGCCGCCGCAGCAGCAGCGGGAGGGGUCGCCACCGGCAAACGGCCUGAACGAGCGGCCCCACGACGAUUCGCAGGCCAGCGGCUCGCCACGCAAAGCGCGCAAGCGCCAGCUGGCCGACGGCGAGGAGGAGGAGAGUGAGGAGGAGGAGGAGAAGGGCAGCGAGAGGGCUGCUGGCGGCGGCGGGCAGGGCGGGGCGGCGGGCGAUGCCGAGAUGGCUGAUGCAGAAGAGGAGGAGAGCGAGGAGGAGGAGGAGGAGGAGGAGAGCGGCGGCGGCGCAGCUGCAGCGCGGGCCAGCGCGCCCAACGGCGCUCCCCGGGCUGCCGGCGGGGGCCGGCGCCGCGGCGGCGCCAAGCGGCGCAGGGAGGGCGGGGCGGGGCUGGCGGCGGGGGAGCGGCCUUGGGAGUCGCAGGACGUGCUGGCCUUCACCCCCGCCAACCAUCCCUUCCACGGCAUCACUCGCAUUUCGGGCAAGAUGGCGGCUCAGAUCACGUACAAGAUCGGGGCGGGGGGCAAGCCCUCGCCCACCGCCAAGACCACCAGAACCGUGCGGUUUACGCCGUGCGGUACUGCCGCCGAGGCGGCUGUGUGCUGGGACCUGGCCGCCAUGUGGCGGGCCAUGCAGUACGGCGCCGACCCCGCCCAGCUGGAUGGCGGCGACGAUACCGGGCAGCGCCUCAACUUCUCGUGGCCCCGCUACGCCGCGCUGCUGCCCAUGCUGCGCGGCUGCAAGACCGACAGCGAGCUCAAGGGCCAGCUGAAGGCGCUGAGGGACCAGGGAGGGCUGGCCGAGGUGGCCACCGGCGGCGGCGCCGCCGCGGCGGCGGCGGCGCAGCCUGUCGCAGCGGCGGCGCAGCCCGCAGCGGCGGCGCCGGGUGAGGAGGAGGCGGGGCCGUCUGGCGGCGCCGCUGCUGCUGCAGACAGCGGUGGCGGCGCCGGCAGCCCCGCCCCGCCUCGCGGCAGGGGCGGCCGCGCCAAGCCGACCGGCAAGAAGAGUAAGAGCGGGCGGCAGGGGGUGUAUGGCAACGGGCCCUGGACGGCGCAGCUCACCCUGGCGCAGAAGCAGGUGGCGCCCGGCCGGCAGCGCCUAUGGAACAGCAUGCGCGGCUCCCAGACGCUGAGUGUCAGCCAGUGUGGCACGCUGGACCUGGCGGCCGCCGCCGCAGACCUGCUCAUCCUCUGGCGCUGCCACCUGUACGGCAAGGACCCCUCCUCCGCCACGCUCAACUUCCCGCUGGCUCCCUACCGCCCCCUGCUGCCCGCCCUCAGCGCGCUCAGCAUGGUCGACGUGGCCAGCCAUGUGGCGGCGCUGAGAGAGGCAGGCAGCCUGCAGGCGGUCGUGGACGCGGCGCAGCGCGGCGGCGGCGGCUCCGCGGCCGCGGCGGCUGCCGCCGCCGCGCCCGCGCCUAGGCCUGCUUCGGCGCCCGCACGCCGCGCGCCCGCCGCGGCGCCGCCUCCCGCCAGCCCCACCAGCCCCACAACCCGCGGCAGGCUGGCGGCGGCGGCCGCAGCCGCGGCGGUUGCCGGCAGCCCCACCACCCGCGGCAGGCUGGCGGCGCCGGCGGCAGCGGCGGCGCCUCCGCCGCCCGCGCUGCCGCCGCCGCCGCCGCUGCGGCAGCAGCAGCAGCAGCAGCAGCAGCAGCAGCAGCAGCAGCAGCAGCAGCAGCAGGCGCGGCAGGCGCGGCAGGCGGCGGCGCGGCCGGUGGAUGCUGCUCUGCAGGCGGCGGAGGGUGCUGUGUCUGCUGAGGCGUUGCGCCAGCUGGUGCGGGGGAUGACGCAAGAGGAGCUGCUGCAUGCCGCAUACUCAGGCUACGAGCGGCCGCAGGUGGCGGUGCAGGAGGCGAUGUGUGCGGAGGUGGAGGAGGCGGUCAGCAGGCUGCCGGAACUGAGCGAGGAGCAGGUGGUCGCCUACAUGGCAGAGUUCACACUGCUGCGGGACAUGCGUGCCCACAUCUACCGCAAGGUCAUGGGCUGGAGCGCCGACGGCAAGCGCGCGCUGCUGGUGCAGCACGUGCGCUGCAUGCUGCGCCAGCAGAAGUAG